AGCAGAAGAAAGAUGGAAGGAAAUCUGUGGCAGAGGUUUCUUCUUCCAUAAUUUUCAUUUCGUCAAUUCAAUGAAAUGUAUAGGUAUAGCCGUAUAGGUAUGCAUAUGGCCACUCCUCUUCUUCCCAAAAACUCUACUUUCUUCCAUUUUCCUCUUCCCAUCACUAAAACCAUUCCUUCAAUUCCCUUUUCCAUCAACAGAACUGGGUCUAUUUCAAUGAGUACUUCCACCAAGAUGGAGGGAAGUGAUAUUACAGAGGAAAUUAGAGAGAGCACAGAAUCAGGUGGGAAUGUCAAGAAGAAGAUUUUUGUGGCUGGAGCAACUGGGAGUACUGGGAAAAGGAUUGUUGAGCAGUUGCUUGCCAAGGGUUUUGCAGUCAAAGCUGGAGUGCGUGAUUUGGAGAAAGCAAAAACUUCGCUUUCGAAGGAAAACCCAUCUCUUGAAAUUGUUAAAGCGGAUGUGACGGAGGGCUCCGCCAAGCUAGCAGAAGUGAUUGGUGAUGAUUCAGAAGCUGUUGUAUGUGCAACAGGGUUUCGGCCAGGGUGGGAUUUGUUUGCUCCAUGGAAGGUGGAUAAUUUUGGCACAGUAAACCUUGUUGAUGCCUGCAGUAAAGUUGGUGUGAAUAGAUUCAUUCUUAUCAGUUCUAUUUUAGUCAAUGGAGCUGCAAUGGGACAAAUUCUCAAUCCGGCUUACAUCUUUCUCAAUGUUUUUGGACUCACCCUGAUAGCAAAGCUCCAAGCUGAGCAAUAUAUCAGGAAAUCUGGUAUUAACUACACCAUUAUAAGGCCUGGUGGAUUGAGAAAUGACUCACCAACAGGAAAUGUUGCCAUGGAGCCAGAGGAUACCCUCUAUGAAGGGACCAUAUCCAGAGAUCAGGUUGCAGAAGUUGCUGUGGAGUCGUUAGUCCAUCCAGAAUCAUCUUACAAAGUUGUGGAGAUAGUUUCUCGUGUGGAUGCUCCUAAGCGUUCAUACAAGGAUCUUUUUGGUUCCAUAGAACAACGAUGACUUUGAAUUUGAACUCUUUACUUAUUCAAGGUUAGUGAUUACAUGGAUAUGUUAGUCUGUGUUUAACAUAUGCUUAAGUUGUUCCUUGCUUUGUAAUGAAAUUAACUCAUUGGAAGAAUAAUUAUCAACGACCUAUUGGUCCAAGUGGAAGAAAUUCGGUUCUCGUUAAAUAAAGUCUUGAGUUCGAG